AUUCUGAAAGACAUCAGGCAAGCAGCACAGCUCUUCAGUUACUGGUCAAGAUGAGAGGCGUACUGUUCCUGCUCAACGCUCUGAUCCUGCUGGAGUCAACAAAGGGAACGACAUAUGAUGACUUAGAUGAUCAUGAUAAAAUAAUUGUUGACAAGGCAAUAGAACAAGCUAAUAAGGAUUAUGGAAAAGGCAAACACCUUGACUUUCACACCAUUGCCAAUAGAAAUAGCAAUAUGGUCAAUGUGAUACUGAGACCCACCUCAUGUGACAAGAAAACACCGAGUGUCCACCGGAAAAAAUGUACACUCCAAAAUACUGCACCUCAGGUUUCCUGUAUUGACUGUGAAGGAACCAUGGAACGAUGUUUACUUCUCAGAAAAAUGGACGAGAUUCAAAAAAGGAUUCAGAACUGUCCCCCGGCAGUGAUUCAUCAUGCUGGGUCAGCAUUUGCACUGUUUCAAAAAUCAGGAAAUGGACAGCAACAACCUGGAUGUGUUGGAUGCAUCUGAGAUGUAACAAUUAUCAAGCUCAAUUGCAACUGGCCAUUUGAAGAAAAAUAAAAACCUUCACAUAUUACAUUAUAUUUAUAUAUAAUUUAAUAUAUACAUCUAUAUAAUGUAACGUGAAGGAAUUUUUAUAUUAAUCAUUUUAAAAUUUCUAACAUUUCUUGUCUUGCAGGCUUAACAUUUGUAUGCUUUUGAUUACUAAACGUCUACAACACUUGAGCCAAAGUUACUGUGUUACAAAAGCGGAUGCAUAUGAACAAGGCGGCUAGAUGUCUGUCUGAAUAUAAGAAUAACCACAACAUCUCAUAACAUGAGUAACAUACUUAUGUAACCA